CUGUUUGUAGCCUAGUGAGCUAGCCAGCAGUUCAGAGCAGUUAACUCCAGUUCGACAAAUAAAGCGAAAAAGGGUAGGUUUAGACAAGGUACCCGUAUCAUACAAUAUGAUUAUUGUAUUCUGUGGUGCUGUGUGAUAAAUCGAAAAACGCUGCAUGCUUUAGUGAGCCGUUUCAAGUGUAUUUGACGUAUUCCAGCAGCGCUACCGGACACGGCGGGAUGUUAGACACGGAUGAGCCCACGGUGGUGGGCGAGGAGAUGCUCCAGCAGGCGGUGGAGGAGCAGGGUCCAAAGGGUCAGGCUGGAAUAAUCGCCAAGCAGGAGGGCAUCGAGCUGAAGGACGUACUGCAUUUACGCCUGGACUACAGGCACAUCCUAAAGAUUGACCACUUGUGGCAGUUCACCUCCUUGACCAAGCUACAGCUUGAUAACAACAUUAUUGAGAAGAUUACAGGACUGGAAUUCCUCACUAACCUGGUGUGGCUGGAUCUGUCAUUCAACCACAUUGAGGUGAUCGAGGGCCUGGAUGCCCUGGUGAAGCUGGAGGACCUCAGCCUGUCCAACAACAGCAUCUCCACAAUGGAGAACAUGGACACCCUGGUCAACCUGCAUGUCCUCUCCAUCUGCAACAACAAGCUGUCCCAGUUGGACAAUGUGAUCUACCUUCGGAAGUUUAAGAAUCUGCGUGCCCUGAACCUUGCGGGUAACCCCCUUUCCACAGAGGAGUGCUAUACGGAGUUCAUAGCAGCCUACCUGCCAGAACUGGCUUACCUGGACUUCCGCUUGGUGGAUGUGCAAACUAGGGAGGAAGCUCUGGCAAAGUAUCAGUACGCCCUGGAGGAGCUGAUCCACAAUGAGACCCAGGAGCUGAAAGCCAUUGAGGCCAAGAACAAGAAGGAGGAGGAGAUACAGCAGCACAGGGAGGCCUUUGUGGAGUUCCUGAAUGGUCCGCAGCUGUUUGAAAGCAUGUAUGCAGAUGACACCGAGGCCGAAAGACUGGCGUACCUCCCUGGAGUGCCCGCGUUGGUGGAAACCUAUCAGAGCCAGAUGGUGGUGCUGUGUGUGCAGCUGUUUGAGCUGGGCAUGGCACAGAAGCUUGCACGGGAUGCAGAGGUGAAAUGUUUCUUUGACUGUUUCCACGAGGCCGUGGAGGACAACCAGAAGGUGGCGUCAGAGCUGAUCGUGGAGUUUGAGAAGGCGAGGAGAGAGAUGCUGCUGGAGAUGCCGAGGAUGACGGACCGGGAGGAGCUGCUGUCCCGGAUAGAGCAGGGCAGCAAGGAAACCCGCAACCUCCACGACACGCUCAUGACCCUGGAGCUCCAACUGGCCGACCAGCUGGAGGAUGUGGUAAAGGACUUUGAGAGAAACGUUUCUGACAUGGUGUCAAGCUUCAUUGAGGCCGCACAGGGGAUCUUCUCUCAAUGCCGCGAUCUGCAGAACAACCACAAUGAGAAGCUCCUGGAGAUCUCCAUGGCGACGCUGGAGAAGGUGGCCAAGAACGAGCUGGAGGAGGACUCUCAGGAUGAGCUGCGAGCGCUAUUGGUGGAUAAAGACACAGUGGUAGGUGCCAUUGGUGCCUCGCACGACACUCACCUGCUGAAGAUCGACAACCGGGAAGACGAGCUGGUGACCCGCAUCAACAGCUGGGUGGCUGCCCUCAUGAAGUCGAUUCACCACGACGAGGUGGCCAGGAAUCGCAAGCGGAUUGCAGAGAUUCACAACUACAUCGACUACGUGACGGACCAGCUGGAAGACAUGAGUCCUUCAUAAGCUUACACAGAGAUCCUUUUCAGGGACCUUUCUAUCACUAAAUCACCGUCCCCAUGGACACAUGUCUAAGGUUUAUGCACACAUUUUUCCACUCGACCUUUAAAAAUGCAAUUUCAGUGCAACUGCUAUAGCUGUGUCAUUCUGAAAGGGGUUUGUCCUGUGGAGGUAAAGUCUAAAUGCUCUGGAAUGUAGUAGCUAUGUCAUAAGGAUCUAAAAUAUUUCUGUUGUAUUACUUGUUUGAUAAUAAUCACUUGUGGAAAUGAUACUGUCUGUGUAUUUCAGUUUCUGUGAUGAUCUCCGCAGCCAUGAUAAACUCUCCUGACCAUCACUGUC